ACAGCCACAUCCUCCAAUAGGCAAAGCGAAGCGAUCGGCCCCUUUUGGUUGUGGGGCUAGAAAAGAGCGUUGAUGCCGGCGGCCGCGAUGAAAUCUAGGAGGCGCUGGCUGGUCUGUGACAGUGGAGAGCAGCGGCGGCUCCUGGUGGUCUCUUUGCAGAUGUAUUGCUGUCCUUGAACAUCAUCUCAUUUGAAAAUUGCAGGAGAGCUCAGCCAUCAGUAUGUCCAAGUACAGACUUAUUAUACUAAGACAUGGAGAGGGUGCUUGGAAUAAGGAGAACCGAUUUUGUAGCUGGGUGGAUCAAAAACUUAACAGCGAAGGAUUGGAGGAAGCUCGGAAUUGUGGGAAGCAGCUCAAAGCACUAAACUUUGAGUUUGAUCUUGUGUUUACAUCCAUCCUUAAUCGGUCCAUCCACACAGCCUGGCUGAUUCUGGAAGAGUUGGGGCAGGAAUGGGUUCCAGUGGAAAGCUCUUGGCGUCUAAAUGAGCGUCACUAUGGGGCCUUGAUUGGGCUCAACAGGGAGAAAAUGGCUUUGAAUCAUGGUGAAGAACAAGUGAGGCUGUGGAGAAGAAGCUACAAUGUGACCCCACCUCCUAUCGAGGAGUCGCAUCCCUAUUACCAUGAAAUCUACAGUGACCGGAGGUAUAAAGUGUGCGAUGUUCCCUUGGAUCGGCUGCCACGAUCUGAAAGCCUAAAGGAUGUUCUGGAGAGACUUCUUCCCUAUUGGAAUGAAAGGAUUGCUCCUGAAGUACUGAAAGGCAAAACCAUUCUGAUAUCUGCUCAUGGGAACAGCAGUAGAGCUCUCCUGAAACAUCUGGAAGGUAUCUCAGAUGACGACAUCAUAAACAUUACUCUUCCUACUGGAGUCCCCAUUCUCCUGGAGCUGGAUGAGAAUCUGCGCGCUGUUGGGCCUCACCAAUUCCUGGGGGACCAAGAAGCCAUCCAGGCAGCCAUUAAGAAAGUGGAUGACCAAGGAAAAGUGAAACAAGCCAAACAAUAAAAUUUUUCCCACAUGGUGGCUGUCAAGAAAUACAUGUACCAUGCGUUGUGUUAUGGGUGCUGAUUUCUCUCCUUUUCUCCUGAUUUUUCAGAUAUUUCCAAGGCUAGAUGGUAGAGUUUGUAUAAACUUAUUUUGAUCCAGAUAAUGCUUGAAGAUGCAUAAGUAUUUAUGUCAUAAGCCUUAGGGUUUAGCUUUCUGACUAGUCCUGUUUGAACUAGUCACCAGGCUAGUAACCACUGGGGUUUAAUUAGGUCAUUUUGUUAGUUCUUGAGAUGGGAGAGUCACAAAUGGAAAUAAAGUGUAAGGCAUUCAUAAUUGAACAAAUCUUUCAGACACUAUCAACAGGAACUAUACCGAAAGGUAGGGGCUGGGGAUUUAGCUCAGUGGCAUAAGCGCCUGCUUUGCAAGCAGGCAGUCGUGAGUUCGAUCCCUGGUACCGAUAAAAAAAAAAAAAAAAAAACCGAUAGGUAGUUCACUUUUUCAUUUCAUACUAUUUUCUAAGAUGAUAGUAAUAAUUACUAGAUAAUGUACAGUACACCUAAAUAUUUAAUUCUAGUCUUUUCCUUUAGGAAAAGGAAGGCUUCAGUAAUAAGACCAGAGACCCAUUCAAUGGGAAAGUGACAGGUGACUUUUCAUGUAGGUUGAUCAACACCCUAACAAGGCCCUUUCUUGAGUCCAGAGUCAUCCUUUGCUUGACACUCAGUAGAAUUCUUCUUCAGCCACUAAAAUGAGCAAGAUAAAUACAGUUAUGACUAUUUAAGAUCUGUUUUUGUUUGUUUGUUUGUUUUGUGGUUGUUUUUUGAACUUUAGUCUUUAGGUACUUGUAGUUGAUUUAAAAAUAAAGUUGGUGACUGGAGUGGC